UUGUGUACUGCUGGAUCAUUUACCAUGACAUAGACUCAUUUCCUGAAAAGCGAUGCAGAGAGGAAUUAUUUAUUAGCGUGUUACAUGACUCGGCUGCAGCACAGAGAAAGAAACCAGCUACUGCUAUGCAGUGUCCACCACGAUAUAACAGUUGGUACUAAGAGAGGAUCCGACGAGCUUUUCUCCAGCGUCUCCAACGGCCCGUAUAUCAUGAGCACCACAGCCAAUGGGAACGACAGCAAGAAGUUCAAAGGUGACAUAAGAGGCCCCAGCCUGCCGUCGCGGGUCAUCCACAUCCGCAAGCUUCCCAGUGACAUCACAGAGGCCGAGGUCAUCAGCCUGGGCCUGCCGUUCGGCGACGUCACCAACCUGCUGAUGCUGAAAGCCAAGAACCAGGCCUUCUUGGAGAUGAACUCGGAGGAAGCGGCUCAGAACAUGGUGGGUUAUUACUCCACUAUGAUGCCCGUCAUCCGACACCAACCCGUCUACCUGCAGUUCUCCAACCACAAGGAGUUAAAAACGGACAACUCCCCCAACCAGGAGAGGGCCCAGGCGGCUCUGAGGGCCCUCAGCUCCUCCCAUGUGGACACUCUGAUGGCAGCUCCCAGCACGGUGCUGAGGGUGGUGGUGGAGAACCUGCUGUACCCGGUCACCCUGGACGCCCUCUGCCAGAUCUUCUCAAAGUUCGGCACCGUCCUGCGGAUCAUCAUCUUCACCAAGAACAACCAGUUCCAGACGCUGCUGCAGUUUUCAGACGGCUCAUCCGCCCAGGCAGCCAAACUGACUCUGGACGGACAGAACAUCUACAACGGCUGCUGCACCCUGAGGAUCAGCUUCUCCAAACUCACCAGCCUCAACGUCAAAUACAACAACGAGAAGAGCCGGGACUUCACCCGGCCGGACCUGCCGUCCGGAGACAGCCAGUCCACCCUGGAGCACCAGGCCAUGGCCGCCGCCUUCGCUCCAGGAAUCAUUUCUGCGACGCCGUACGGCGGAGCGACGCACGGCUUCCCGCCGGCGUUCGCGAUCCAGCCAGCAGUUUCCUCCGCCUACCCCGGCCUGACGUUGCCGGCUCUCCCCGGAGCGCUGGCCUCCCUGGCGCUCCCCGCCACCGCCAGGCUGGGCUUCCCCUCCUUCCCCGCCGGACACUCGGUCCUGCUGGUCAGCAACCUGAACCCUGAGAGAGUUACGCCCCACUGCCUCUUUAUUCUCUUCGGUGUUUAUGGAGACGUGAUGAGAGUGAAGAUCCUGUUCAACAAGAAGGAAAACGCUCUGGUCCAGAUGUGUGACAGUACCCAGGCUCAGCUAGCCAUGAGCCACCUGAACGGCCAGCGGCUGCAUGGGAAACCCCUCCGGAUCACGCUGUCCAAACACACCAGCGUCCAGCUCCCCCGUGAAGGCCACGAGGACCAGGGCCUGACCAAAGACUACAGCAACUCCCCGCUGCACCGCUUCAAGAAGCCCGGCUCCAAAAACUACUCCAACAUCUUUCCUCCCUCCGCCACCUUGCACCUCUCCAACAUCCCCCCUUCUGUGGUUGAAGACGACCUGAAGAUGCUGUUUUCCAGCUCUGGCGCCAUCGUCAAGGCCUUCAAGUUCUUCCAGAAGGACCAUAAGAUGGCUCUGAUCCAGAUGGGUUCUGUGGAGGAAGCCAUCGACUGCCUCAUCACGUUCCAUAACCACGACCUGGGCGAGACGCACCACCUGCGCGUCUCCUUCUCCAAGUCGUCCAUCUGAGCCGGACAGUUUCUACUUUUAUACGGCGUCCACUACACUCCAAUCAUUCCGAUGCAGAAACCACCACAACGUCUGCUGUGAUGUUAAAUUAUUGUGUUUUUUAUUUUUCUAGACUCUUUACCUUCAGAGAAAGGUAGGAUUAUCCCAUAAAUACGACACUUUAGAGGUGCUUCUCUGAAGUCCUGUAAUUAUUCUCUAAAAUCAGAGAAAAGUCAGUAUUCUGAGUUUUAACUGUUUGAUAAAAGGUCAGGUUGUCAGAAUUUACUGUCCUCCUUGUUGGGAAGUUUUUAGCGUCUUCUGCCUUUUGACUUUUAAUCCCGGAUUAAAGUCGGCCUUCACAAAUCCUUCAGAACUGACUUUAACUCAGAAUGAUCACUUUAAUCUCUGAUUCUCGCCUGAUCUAAUAAAACUUUAAAAUUGUUAAAUGAUGAUCCCAGUUUGGGAAGUCGUAGCUUCUGACUGUCACGUUUCAGCCGGGCGUUCCCUGGAGACGCCUCGUUGACCUUAAAAUGACCCCUGUGCCUUAUUCUGACUCCAACACAAACGAAGCCUCUGAAUUGGCAAAAGCAGGUUUACAGUUGAGAUGAAUUCAGAUAUAUUCCUAUGUUUGUGUAUUUUAUUGGUGUCAGUGCUUUUCUGUUAGUGUUUUGUAAUGUUGGUUACCGUAGCAACAAACAUGUGAACUGAGUGUGUUAGCAGCUUCGCUACGUCGUUUAGAUUGAACUUUUCUUUCUCGUCACUUUCUGGCUCUUUUCUUUCCCAAAUAUGCAAUCAUUAUGUAAUCAUAUAUUGUAGCAAUAUUUUAAUCAUUCCUGAGUUUUCCUUUUAUUUUCCUCGCUGUCGGUGAGUUCAGUGUUUCCGCUGCCUUCUUCGACCAGAAGAUGAAUGUUUUUUUGUUUUUGUUAGUUGCGUGUCUCUCGGAACGUUUUUAAUUUAUACGUUUGUGAUCCACUACAGCUAAAACCAAAAACAUCCUUUUUAGAUGCAAACAAUCCCACCUGCCUCAGGUUUCUGAUUUUUAAGGACUAAAAAAACAAAGUAAUAGUGGUCCAGGCUUUUAUUGCUGGUGUUUGUCUUUUUUUCCUGUGAAAGUGAAAAUGACUUCAACCGAUUUGCUCACGUUUGGUUACGCGGCCGACGUGCCUUCAGUCGCAGCAUCACAAAGUGAAAUCCUGACAGUUUCAUCAAAGUUUGGUUCAUUUAUGUCUUAAUCUGACAAACUGUCCACAUUCCAGCCACUCGAAGCUCAACUCCAUUUUCAGCGUAACGCGGUUUUGCUGUCUGAACGAAGUAGAAAUGAGCUGCUGAGGUUUUCGGUGGCGAUGCGUUCGGUGCACCUGGGAAAAGUUUGAGGAACUUUGAUUAGAAAAGGUGAAAGAGAGACAACGUCCCAGUUCAGAUGUUUAGAAUGAAAGGUUUUAAAAUCAUGUUACAACGCGAAAAUGUCGCCUUUUGACGAGUUUUAUCACGUUUUAACGUCGUUACGACGGGAAAGUUGAUAUUAAACUUGUUUUGCUAAAACAAACUUUCACAUUAUAGCGAGUUUUACAUCAUGUAACAUAAAAGUUUUUUUAUUAUACUGUGAAACCUUGAUGAGUUUUAUCAUGUCGUAAUGUGAAACCUUUUCUCUAUAGUGAGUUUCACUUUGUUAUAAAGAGAAAAUUUUACAUUUUGAUGAUUUUUAUCUUCUGUUAAAACAACAAAGUUCCUCAUUGGAGAGAAUUUUACAUUAUUAUCUGAAUGUUUCUCGUUUUGACGAGUUUUAUGUCUCGUCAUGUGAAUUUCUCAUUCUAAUCAGUUUAAAUCUCGUCAUUGUGUGAAACUUUGGAGCUGAAAGAAAAAAGUUUUGCAUAAUAAUGAGAUGAAACUUGUCAAAACAUAAAAUUUUCACAUUGUAACAAUUUAAAACAAGUUUUUCACGCAACACAAUAAGAAAGUCGUUAAAACAAGGAACUUGUGUUAUACCAAGAUGGAAAACUCUUUGUGACAAACGUUCAAACGUUAUAAGAAAAGAGAGUUUCUCAUUUUAAGAAGAUUUAAAACUUGUUAAAACGAGAACCUGGUUGAGUUUUAUGUUGUUAUAACAAAAGUUUCUCACAUUAUCUAAAGAUAUAAAACUUGUUAAAAAGAGAAACUCUUUAAAACAAACUUUAAUGUUUUAAUCAGAUGUAAAACAUGUUAUAACAAACUUAACAUAAAACUUGUUAAAACAUGAAUCUUUCCUGUUAGUGAUUUUUAAAAAAUAUUUUGCAUCUCGUUAUAACUAGUUUCACGUUAUAACAAGAUAUAAAACUCGUUAAACUUGAAACUUGCGUUACAAUCAGAUGUAAAAGUUGCUGCGAUAAAUUGUCUCAUUUUGACGAGUUUUAAAUCUCUAACAUUUAAAUUUCUUGUUUGAAUGAGUUUUAUAUCUCACUGUAACAAAAAUAAUGCUCCUGAAUUUAUUUCCCACUUUUGGCAGUUGAAUUCUUCCAUAGAUGAGAAACGCUGAAGCUAAAGAAGUCUCCUCUGAUUGGUCAGUUCCAGUGGUCUGAUCUGACUCCGCCUACUAAAUCUGAAUCCAUUUUAUUGGCUGAAAUGUUUUCUAUAAAACUAGGAAUACUACAUUGUACUUCAUAGAUUUUAGUCUUUAAAUUAUAUUUACUUUGCAACUAUGUUAAAAGAAAUAGUUUGCUUAUAUAUUUAAUGUGUUUUUUGAGGGUUUCUGUUGGUGUCGAGAGUUUGGAGGAUUUCCUACCAUCACGUAAAGUGGACCAAUGAAAACACUCCAAAUGCUGGACAGAAAGUCUUUCAUUUACUGUGAAGAAGCUUCUCACUGCGAACACAGCCAUCCGGCUGCUGGUUCAGUUUCUCCCUGGGUGCACCUGAAUGCAUCGUGACCUUUCGUUGUCCGGUGGAUCGGGAGCCGGACCGGGUCAAAGGUCAGCUGACUGUACAGACAUGUUUUAUACACGGCUGUCUGAGAGGUGAUUGUUGGUUUUAUAUCCAAUGAAACGUGUAUAUUUUGGUUCGAGUGUGCAACAAGUUCUGAGCCUUAAAUUGAGUCACAAAGAAAAAAUAAAUCUGUUUUUUUUUUAAA